AUUCGUCGCCGCGUGAUGCCUUUGGACAUGCGGCUCCUAACGAAACAUAAACAGUUAAUUGAACGCGAUGCCAACGACAUUUCAAUACUAUGGAAAUUACUACAAAUGUUGUUCUACUGUGUUAGCGCAAUAGCCGGCUAUGUCACCACACACGCAUUUUUUAUACUUCAGGAUUUAUUUGAGCGUCGUUGCAUAUUGUGGGCGACGCCAAGAUUGGAACCGGAUCGGAUGAUAUGGGGGGCAGGUACCGUUAAUGACCGCAUCUCGUCCAUGGGACAACCUUGGCAAGACAGGCUAACAGUUAGUCACAAUACGCAACAUCAUUGCUCUGCGAUACAGAUAAUAUCGAUUCUUUCGUGUAUCUGUGGUAUUGUUGGGUUCUCUUUCUUCUCCAUAUGUGGGCGCGGAGGUUACCAAGUUGGAAUAUACUACAGUCCUUGGAGACUGGUUGGUCCAGCUGUACUUUUCAACUUAUGUCUGACGUUGCUGACUUGGCAGUCGGCCUGCAAUUUCCAAGACGGAUUUCAUCAUUUUCAAUACCGUCUCAAUGAGAUGCUAAAUCAAUCUGGAUAUGAACCCAUCAUGGAAUAUGUGCAGACAGGCAAAGAAAACACCUUCAACAGACUUGUGUUGAAAUAUUAUGGGAUCACAAAGAUUUCAUCUUGGGUGGAAGCUGCCGCUUGGGUCAUGGGACUUACAAUUCUGGUACUACGAGUUGUAAAUGUCACCGACUUCAGGCUACUCAAAAUCUCUGUAUAUGCCCACGAAACAGGAGAUGAGGAACAUCGAGACGAAUCUCUUCGGUACAGACUUGAAGAAUCAUGAACUUUAGAAAUGCGUGUGAAAACUUUUACCGGUGUUUCUGCGCUUCUCGGUUCAAUCCACUUGUGCAAUGAAUAAAUCCAAUUCUUUGCAUA